UAUGUGACGUACUGGAGGAUUCACACUGUAAACUGGAGAGAUUGAGUUUAAGCUGUUGUUAUAUGACAGAUGAAGGAUGUUCUGCACUAACUUCAGCUCUGAAAUCAAACCCUUCACACCUGAGAGAACUGAACCUUAGUGGCAACGAACUAGGAGACUCUGGAGUGAAAAGCCUCGGUGAUCUACUGAUGAACCCACAAUUCAAACUGGAGAAACUACAUCUGUGUGAAUGCAGUAUUAAAGAGAAACAGUGUUUCAUCUUGACUUCAGAUAUGAAAUCAAACCCAUCACACCUGAGAGAACUGGACCUCAGUAGAAAUGAACUAAAAAACACAGGGGUGAUUCACUUAUGUGAUGUACUGAAGGAUUCAUGCUGUAAACUGGAGAGAUUGAGGUUAAGAUACUGUUAUAUGACAGAUGAAGGUUGUUCUGCUGUGACUUUAGCUCUGAAAUCAAACCCAUCACAUCUGAGAGAGCUGAACCUCAGUGGAAAUAGACUAGGAGACUCUGGAGUGAAAAACCUCUGUGAUCUACUGAAGAAACGACAAUGCAAGCUGGAGAAACUAGAUUUGAGUAAAUGCAGUAUUACAUGCGAGCAGGGUCUCAUCCUGACCUCAGCUCUGAAAUCAAACCCAUCACAUCUGAGAGAACUGGACCUCAGUGAGAAUCAAAUAAAAAACACAGGAAUGAGUCAAUUAUGCAAUGUACUAAAGGAUCCACACUGUAAACUGGAGAGAUUGAGCCUAAAUUUCUGUGGCAUUACAGACGUUUCUGCUUUAACUCAGUCUUUGACAAACACAAAAGCACUGCAGUUUCUAAAAGAGCUUGAUCUGACAAACAAUAUGAUUGGAGACUCAGUUAAGCAGCUCAUUAGUGUGCUACGAGGCUCAAACUGUAAACUAAAACAGGACUGUGAACAGUUUCUGUUUAGAGCUGCUACAAAGCACACUGGUAUGCAAUUUACAUCCUGUUCCAAAUCUUAGAAUCCUGUGAAAAGGAGCUUCAUUAUCAGAUGAGGAUCUUCAGAUGAGCCUCAUUAUAGGAUGAGCAUAAAUUAAUUUGUGAUGAUGUGACGUCUGUACCCAGAAUCUAUUAUGUUCAUUAAAUAUUUGUGUACUUUUUUCUUAAAUAUCAGGACAAAAGAGAAAAAUGAAAUCAAUAUUUGUAUCAGUUUUAAAACUUAAACUGGUAGCACUGUGUCAGAUAUAUAUAUAUAUAUAUAUAUAUAUAUAUAUAUAUAUUUUUUUUAUUCUUAUAUGCACACAUUUGCAAAAUACUGCAGCUAUUAGUUAUUUUAAUGAAGGAAAUACACACAUGCACUUUAAAAUGAAUAAAGCUAAAUUCUUAGGAACAUCCAUGUGCAGGAAUGAUAUUUGAUAUUGAUAUUGGUUAUUGUUGGUUGUUUUAUUCACAGGUGGAGCAGUGAAGUGAAGAGUCAAUCAUCAGAACAGAGCGGAUUCUAAUUUUCAAAUAUAUGACAUAUAUAUAUAUAUAUAUAUAUAUAUAUAUAUCAGAAAUAUUGACAAAUACUCCAUCAAUCCAUCAACUCAAUUAUUUGAAUGGGUCACACAUCUGAGAAAGGGACACUUUAAUCAAUGCCAGUUAAUACUCCAUGGAAAAAUAAAAUAAAAACAGGUUUAUGCAUCAUUGAUUAAUGUUAAGAAGCAGAAAAUGUGGAACAUGCAUUAAUAGUAUAAAUUAAAUUGAAACAAUUUGUCAGACAUUUACAAUAUCCAGCAUUUUAGAGAAUAGUCCAAAAUCCAGGGAAAAUAAUAAAAGAUGAAAAUUAAAAAAAUAAUAAAAAUAGAAAGAGAAAAUGGUACUCGCUGGAUUUGAUCUCCAUCCUGGAAAACAUUUCUAAAUAUUCAUUUCUAAAUAUUCAUUUCUAAAUAUUCAUUCUUAAUAUUCAUUAAAUGUUCAUACACAGCUUGAGAAGAAAGGGUUUGUUCAGUUUGAACUAUUUUUUUCUAUUUAGUAUUUUUGGAUAAGAAUAAUAAGCACUUCAUCUGUACUUAGUGUCUUUCAUUCCAACAUAAGAAAACAUUUCUGGACUCUGCAUCUGAAAAAGCAAUUACAGUAUGUGUAUUUACAGUUUAUGUGUCUCAGAGGGGACAUGGAUGCAUUUAACCUGCAGUCACAGAUGGAAAAAUAAUGUUUUGUUUUUAAUAUAGAAAUAUAUUUGAAAUAGUUUAACUGAUUAAUUCAACGGAUUCAUUCAAACGGCUGAUUCAUUCAAUAAUUAAACACUAUCCAUUGCUUAGAGAUCCAAAGCAGUGCUGUGAUCUUUGUUUACAAUUAUUUUUGUUAGCAAAAUUGAGAAAAAGCAAGCAAUAUUAUGUCUAAAAUGUAAGUCACUUAUUGCUUUACUGAACUUGUGUAAAAUUAUGAAAUGUGUUCAUGCUGAUAUUUGCAGAAAAUGUUUAAUCUUUGUGUGAUAUAGAUUAAGUUAAAUAUAUUAAAUUAUAUAAACAUAAAAAGCAUGCAGAAGCUUUUUUGCCAUCUACGAUUUAGAAUGUCUGUGAUUUUGAGUUUUAAUAGACUAAUAAAUCAUGUGCAUGCACUAUGUGUGAUUUGGUGAAAUACCUGAUAAUUUUCAGGUAUUGCACAUCAUUACAACAAAACUUACCAUAUUAUUGCAGACAAUGCUGUAUCGCACACCCCAGAGUUGACUUUAGUGGGAAAUUAACUAUAGUAAGUACUGUAACAGUACUUAUUACUUCGCAGUCGUGGAAAGAGUACUGAAAAUUAGUACUUAAGUACAAGUAAUGUUACAUUGAUAAAAAUAAAUACUCAAUUACUAGUAAAAGUACUGCUGUCAAAACAGUGCUUAAGUAAAAGUAAAAAGUACUCCCCUC